AUGAAGGAGAAGAGAUAGAUGAUAGAAUUUUUGUAAUUUUUAGUUCAUCUCAAAUCCAUAGAUAACACUCCAAUAUUAUGUGGCUCAAAUUUAUUACAUUUAUUAGUUUAAAUGUAUGUGAACCUUAGAUACAAAAAUUUUGAAAACAUUAAGAUUUCAAAUACUUCUUUAGUGCGAGCCAACUUUGUUAGGUGUGAUUUAGGUGGAUCUGAAUUUGAUAAUGUAAAUAUUAGCGGAAUAAAUUUAAAUUGUGUAAAACUAUUUCAUUAUAAAUGGUAAAAUAUAAGAGUUGAUUAAUUGCAUCAUUUGAAGGGCAAUCUUUAAAAGGUCAAAUAAGUAUCCUUUUAGCCUAAUGGUACUAUGUUAGCAUCUUGUGCUAUGUACAUCUUUUCAUAUAUGGGAUAUUAAGAGAGGAAAAACAUUAUCUAUAUUUUAUAGUAGAGGCAUAAUUUCUGUGUGCUUCUCACCAAAUAGUUUUUGCGUAUUAUUCUAAUUUAAUUAUUCAAUGGGAUUUUGAAAGAGGAUGACGAAAAUGUUAAUUGUAUAGCCAUUAUCGUUAUGUUUAUUCAGUAUGCUUUUCUCCAGAAGGUACUAUUUUUAAGUUACAAAUUAUGA